UGUAUCUUGGUUACGGAGGAGGAUGAGGGCUGAUGCCAUUUGUUUGAAGGAAUCUGUGGCCCCUGUAGGAUUCGCAAGAGACAUUUUAGCAACAUGGCGACUUACACCGAGAAACUGACUCUGGGCAUCAGCAAGAUCCUAGAAUCUUCCCCUGGCAUUUCUGAGGUGAAGUUUGACGAGAGGGCCCCUGCCGAGCGCCACCUCAUUGUCUCCUGGGAGCAGAAGAGCUCCUGCUUGCUGCCUGAGGAUCUGAAGAACUUUUAUCUGAUGACGGAUGGGUUCCACAUGUCCUGGAGCAUCAAGCUGGAUGACAGCACCGUUCAAGUGGGAUCCAUGGUAGUUAACAGCAUAUCUGAUCUGUGCCGCCUGGGAGGCUCCUCUGCAUAUGCCCUGCCCAGUGCACCUACGCUCGCUGACCUGGAGGAUGAGCCCGAGGAAGAGGGUUGCCAGCAGCAGCCACACUUUGACUCUCGGAAUGCGAUCUUCGAACUGGAUCCGUGCAGCGGCAAUGGGAAAGUGUGUCUGGUUUAUAAAACCGCUGGGUCAGGAGCGGCAGCACCUGACCCAGAAAUCUGGUUCCUGGACAGAGCUCUCUAUUGGCAUUUCCUGACCCAUAACUUUACCUCCUACUACCGACUCCUACUGUGCCACCUGGGGCUCCCUCAGUGGCAAUACGCUUUCACCAGUUACGGGCUGAGCCCUCAGGCUAAGCAAUGGUUCAACUCGUACAGACCCAUCACCUUCGAAGCUGCGGCCGAGUCCGAAGAACCGGACACUUUCAUCAACAAACUAGACCCCAACAAGAUUUUCAAGAGCAAAAACAAAACUCCCCAAACAAAGAAAAAACUGCCCCCUCCACCUGCUCUGCCCCAAAAAGGGCCCCUGGGUAGAAACCCCUCGGCAUCUGGGAACCCUGCGCGGAAAUGAAAGUCCUUAGUAUUUAUAUUUAAUUCUUCUAUUUAUUUUGCAAACAAAACAAAAUGAUUGCACAGACUUUGGAGCUCUGAUAACUGCGCAGAGCGGCCCGUGCACUUGUAACGUGUUUCUAUGUACACUGCAAAGGCAUGGCCUCAUAUACUAAACUCCACCCCACCCCUUUAAUAAAAGGCAUUUUGGUGCUUACUGGGAAACUGACCACAAAAUACAGCAUGUAAGAGAGUCAGCUUCAAUUAAACUCAUAGCAACACCUUGCUGCACUCAGAGCAUUCCCCCUGCUUUUUUAGGAUUUGCCAGUUUUUUUGUUAAUAAAACUAAAAUAUUCCUUUGUA